GUAAGAGCUUUUGGCUAUUAGCUUGUCAUCAGAGAGGAAGCGUGUUGUUCAGUCAGUGUGUAUACGGCUGAAGGAGGAGAACAUUAUGUGUGAUUAGUGGUCUGCAGUAUGUACGUAUGUUAUUACACCUACCCAGGAGGAUCUCACCACAGCUCGGCCAUCGCCCCCACCCUCACCGCUGCACCGCAAGCCGCCACCAUCCCGGUCACUGAACCGCUGCUCGUACCCGCCUCACAGCCCGCCCUACCCCCUCAGACGGGAAUCCCUACCCUCACCAGUCAUAUCCCCAUCACAGUCUGCAGAAAGCGCCCCUCUGACGACCUGAUGUCACAGUCACCCAUGGUUACCAAUGGGACCAGUCCCCCUCACCUGUCCGGCUCGGACAAUGACGCAAAAAAGGUGAAGCUGGAACAGAACUCGCCCAAUGGGCCGUCCCGUGUGGUUCACAUCAGGAGUCUCCCGCCCGACUGUACGGAGGCAGACGUGGUCCAGCUCGGAAUGCCGUACGGAAAAAUGUCAAACGUCCUCCUGCUCAAACAGAAAAAUCAGGCAUUCCUGGAGUUUUUAGAUGAGCAGGCAGCCGUCACCAUGGUCAGCUUCCACCAACAGAACCCCGCUCAGAUCCGCAUGAAACCGGUCUAUGUGCAAUUUUCAAAUCACAAGGAGCUCAAAACAGACCAGGCCAACUCAUUUCAGAAUGCUACAGCCCAGGCAGCUCUUCAGGCGGCAUCCGCAGUGAUGGGGGGCCCCACAGAGGAGGGACAGAAACGCACCACCCUCCGCAUCAUUGUGGAGCACCUGGUGUACCCUGUAGGAAUAGAGGUGCUAUACCAGAUUUUUUCCAAAUUUGGUAAAGUUUUGAAGAUGAUUAUAUUCACCAAAAACAAUUCAUUCCAAGCUCUGAUUCAGAUGUCUGACCCCGUGGCAGCAAACGCAGCAAAACUGUCUCUUGACGGACAGAACAUAUAUAAUGGCUGCUGUACUCUAAGAAUUGACUACUCCAAGCUAAACAAUCUGAAUGUGAAAUACAACAACGACAAGAGUCGAGACUUCACAAACCCCAACCUCCCGAGCGGGGACCCCGGGCUGGACCAGGCCAUGCCCUUCGGAGGUUCGGGCAGCCUGGUGACACCCAUGGUUCCAGGGAUGGGAGCAGCCCCACUAACGGCCUACGGUGCCGCCAAUGUGGUGGGAGGCACACCUGUUUAUGCAAGUAACUUGAGUGGAAACAAUUCAGCUCAAGUUCCUCAGAUGUCGAGUUACGGCGUUCCGAGUGCUCUGGGAGCUGCACGGAUGAUGACGUUGAAUGCGGCAGCAGCGGGAGCAGGGAACGCAGUGCUCCUGGUCUCCAAUCUCGACGAACAGAAGGUUACGCCCGACGCUCUCUUUACCCUUUUUGGUGUCUAUGGUGACGUGCACCGAGUGAAAAUUCUGUUCAACAAGAAAGAUAACGCCCUGGUGCAGAUGGCUGAACCUCAUCAAGCUCAGUUAGCAAUUGCUCACUUGGAUAAAGUCAAGGUGUGGGGUAAGAAUAUCCGCGUGACACAGUCCAAACACACCCUGGUACAGAUGCCCAAAGAGGGACAACCGCAGGAUGCUGGACUCACCAAAGACUUCACAAACUCCCCUCUACACCGCUUCAAACGCCCCGGCUCCAAGAAUUGUCAGAACAUCUUCCCUCCAUCCGUAGUGCUGCAUUUAUCCAACAUUCCACCCAACAUAGAGGAGGACUUUCUAUCUGAUGCUUUCGCGCAGCAUGGACAAGUCAAAGCAUUCAAAUUUUUCCCGAAAGACAGAAAAAUGGCGCUGAUUCAGAUGGCUUCAGUCGAUGAGGCGGUGACAGCACUGAUAGCUAUGCACAACUACCCCCUAAGUGACACCAACCACCUGCGAGUCUCAUUUUCCAAGUCCACCAUAUAGUGUGUGCCGUGUGCAGCCCAUCAUGACAUUACUGAACGUUGAUUAAUUGCCUCCCUUUGUGGGUGGGGCUCUGGUGGUAUAUGUGAAGUGCCUUUAUGUGGUAAUGGCAUUGGAGUUUUACAAAUGCCAUGUUGAAUGUGCAAUGAUCUCACAUUUACCAUUCUCGUCCAGUGUGGUGUCUGGGGGGUCAGGAACCACUGACCGGCUCACUGACCUCGCCCCACACCACACUGGACCCCAGGGGUCAAAUUUGUUCAGUUUCAAUUUUUAAUAGUUGAUUUAUUUUUAUUGUUGAAAUUGUUGGUCUACUAUAUGAUGUGUUUCUAACCAGGCUCUCCAGUAUUUUUCAACGUCCCACACAAAGAAAUCCAUUUCUACAUGUAAGCCUGGUUUUCAUUGGUGCUGAUAUCAGCAUUCAUAUCUAUUGAAUCACCCAGCUUUAACUACCAAGGACAGACUAGAGUGUCCAAAACAUUCAGGGGAACCGAAUCAUCAACUGUAAUGUCAGUUACCAUAGCAAUACAACAUGGCGGGGGGUAUACUGCUGUCACUGACACAAAUGGAUCUGAGGGAAUUAUGGGAACAAAAGUCAUCUUUUUUUGUACUAUGUUGAUGUUUUGUAGCUUUUUUUUAUCAAGACGGAGAUGUUUUUAUUUAUUACUGCUGGUCUCUGAUUUUUUGAGAGCCACAGUUCAGAGAUGUUACAGAUCAACUGUUAAGAUAUUACGACAUAUUUGUAAUAAAAACAAAUCAAAAUUAGCCUCUGUUGUCAUUACAGCUAUAUAAUCCUUCUCUGAUUUUCUCUGUCUGUUUUUUGUUUUCUUUGUCAUCACCAUAGUACUUUGUAUAUUUGUGCAUUAAACUUGACACUUGA